AGACCACCUGUAACCUUAGAGCAUAUGUAUACACUUUUUCACUGUCUUGAUCUUUCCAAUUCCUUCAAUGCAGCUGUACACUGCACCAUAAGUGUUGCUUUUUGGUCAUGUUGCAGACUCAGUGAACUCAUUAUUCCAUCACAAAAUGUGUUUGAUUCUACUCACCAUGUUUCUCAUUCUGUCUCUAUCACCCAUAGGACCACCCCAGGUGGUGCCAAAUAUGCUUCAUUCUACAUUCUUUGGACCAAAACAAUGCACGGCAAAGGAGAUUUCAUUACUAUUUCUAAAAUUGAUGAUCCUAUGAACCCAUAUGACACUCUUGUACACCACAUCUCCGCUAACUCUGCUGUACCUCCAUCUGCACCCCUUUUUGCAUUUGAAACCAAAUCUGGAUGGGCACCCAUGACAUGGAUGUGGUUCCUCACUCAAUGUAACAAUGUUUGGAAGUCAGAGAGCCUUGAAACACUGUCUAGCCACUGUUUUUGGAUUGGGGGUGUGACUGAACUCCUACUCAGAGGUACCCCUCCAUCCCCACUUUCAUCACUAAUUCAAUACAAGAUUCACACAUUUCCCUUAUCAAAGCUUCCAUGGACUCUUAUGAGUGCAGAUACAGAUAGAUUUAUAUAA